AUGAAAGUAGGUGAUGCUAUGGGUGAAGCAAAGGGCAAUGUCAGCAGAAAUAGGGACUGGGGCAGGGCUAGUGGGGGCAGAGAGGCGCUAGGAUCGGUGGUAGGCAGCACCAUCCAGGCAGGUGAUGCCACCCAAGUAGGCGAGGACGGUGAUGGAGUGGUGGAUGACAGCGCCAGCAACUACCCAGGCACAUCAGGCAACAUCGUCAGAGUGGUUAUUGCACUAGGCAACACUAUUAAAGAUGAGGAUACACUAGGUGAUGUUGCUUUGGCAAAGGAUGGCGAUGCCAAAGGGGGAGGCGACGCCAAAGAGGCUGGGCUUAGGGAUGACUCAACUGGGCCUGGCCCAGACGAGCUGGGUGAUGAAUAG